UCUGAUUCCGUCCUGCGUGACUGUUCCUUCGAACGGUAGUCUUUUAUCUCCGUCCACUUUCUCUCCCACCGAAGUGCGUGCCACCAACCCAUGGAAGAUUCGAUGGACAUGGACAUGAGCCCCCUGAGGCCCCAGAACUAUCUUUUCGGUUGUGAACUAAAGGCCGACAAAGAUUAUCACUUUAAGGUGGAUAAUGAUGAAAAUGAGCACCAGUUAUCUUUAAGAACGGUCAGUUUAGGGGCUGGUGCAAAGGAUGAAUUGCACAUUGUCGAAGCAGAGGCAAUGAAUUAUGAAGGCAGUCCAAUUAAAGUAACACUGGCAACUUUGAAAAUGUCUGUGCAGCCAACGGUUUCCCUUGGGGGCUUUGAAAUAACACCACCUGUGGUCUUACGGUUGAAGUGUGGUUCAGGGCCUGUGCAUAUUAGUGGACAGCACUUAGUAGCUGUGGAGGAAGAUGCAGAGUCAGAAGAUGAAGAGGAGGAGGAUGUGAAGCUCCUAAGUAUAUCUGGAAAGCGUUCUGCCCCUGGAAGUGGUAGCAAGUUUCCACAGAAAAAAGUAAAACUUGCUGCUGAUGAAGAUGAAGAUGAUGAUGAUGACGACGACGAUGAUGAUGAAGAUGAUGAUGAUGAUGACUUUGAUGAUGAGGAAGCUGAAGAAAAAGCUCCAGUAAAGAAAUCUGUACGAGAUACUCCAGCCAAAAAUGCACAAAAAUCAAACCAGAAUGGAAAAGACUCAAAACCAUCAACACCAAGAUCAAAAGGUCAAGAAUCCUUCAAAAAACAGGAAAAAACUCCUAAAACACCGAAAGGACCUAGCUCUGUAGAAGACAUUAAAGCAAAAAUGCAAGCAAGUAUAGAAAAAGGUGGUUCCCUUCCCAAAGUGGAAGCCAAAUUCAUCAAUUAUGUGAAGAAUUGUUUCCGGAUGACUGACCAGGAGGCUAUUCAAGAUCUCUGGCAGUGGAGGAAGUCUCUUUAAGAAAAUAGUUUAAACAGUUUGUUAAAAUUUUCCGUCUUAUUUCAUUUCUGUAACAGUUGAUAUCUGGCUGUCCUUUUUAUAAUGCAGAGUGAGAACUUUCCCUACCGUGUCUGAUAAAUGUUGUCCAGGUUCCAUUGCCAAGAAUGUGUUGUCCAAAAUGCCUGUUUAGUUUUUAAAGAUGGAACUCCACCCUUUGCUUGGUUUUAAGUAUGUAUGGAAUGUUAUGAUAGGACAUAGUAGUAGUGGUGGUCAGACAAAUGGAAAUGGUGGGGAGACAAAAAUAUACAUGUGAAAUAAACUCAGUAUUUUAAAAAAAAA